GGAGGGAGGAGUCCCGAACACACUCGCUGCGUUGCGCUGCUGGAAAAUUCCACUGUGUUUAUGCUUUACAUUUGCAGCUACACUGUCGAAAACAAACGUCGAGAUUCCCGCAGGUAAAUUAGGCUACACUCCUCUAGCGCCGGCUGAGACGAAUCUUCGGGAACAUGGAGCUGGAUCGGCGGCUGCUGCUGGCUCACUGCGCCGCGCACGCCCUGUCCGUUAUUGCGGGACUCCUGGUGGUCGUGCCGCUCGCUCUAAACGGAUCCGCUUUCAAGGGGAGGUGCGCGCUGUUUAGUCAGGGCUUCUGGAGGACGGAGAACCUGACGCUGGGCGAGGGAGAGUCCAGAGAGGUCACUCAUCUGGUGCUGCAGUGGGGUCCGUUAGCGGCGUGCCAGUUCGCCACAUUUGUCGGUGUUUUCACCGUGCUGUACGGCGCUGUUCAGGGCUGGAGGAGCCUGUUCUACCUCCACCGGCGGCACGACGACACGCUAUUCUCUGCCUUCCUCACGCUGCUGCUGAGUCUGUGUGUGCUCUUCCUCUCUGGAGGGGCCAGUGUUACUCUCACCCUGGGCCUAGUGUCCUGGUGCAACACUGUUACGGACCACAACACCAGACCCUACAGUUGUGCUGAGUCACAGUCUGUUCCUCUAUAUCUGGACGUUGAGACCUCCUCGUUCUACUCUGAGCUCAAUUGUGCACAGAUCUCUCUGUGGUGUGUAACGGCUCUGUGGUUGGCUCACUCUAUUUUGUCCUUCCUGAGGCUCUAUCAUUCUCACAGUCAGCAGAUCAGCAGACCGUGUUUAUACAGGGAGAAGGAACUCCUCCUGGGCCAAACUCAAGUGGAGUGUCCCAUUCAUCAUCCACAUACACACUUGCAUCCUUCACACACUCCCAGUGUUUUUAUUUAGCCAUUUAGUGUUCAUAGAAGUUGCACUUUGAGGUUGAUCUAAGGCCAGUUUUAUUGAUGGGAAAGACUGGUCCAAGAUUAGCGUAAAAGGGAAUUAACUUCUAGACAAUCCCCACAGGUCUCAUGCAUGUUACACCCCAGUAAUCGGAAUUAGCCUUGGUUUGAUCUAUUCGUUACUUUUUAUGCAUUUGAUAAGAAGUUUUUGUCAUGUAGCUUAGUGCUUACAUUGAGGUAAAAUGUUUUGUGUGCAUCCAUUUAUAACUUUGCCAUAACAAAUGUCAAAGGAUUCUCAAAUAUAUAUGAUAUAUUGCACUAUUAAUGCAUUGCUCUUGCAUAUGCAAGAUAUCGUCUAACUUUAUAUGUUCAGCCAUAUAAUGUGAAUUUUAAGUGAAUGGGAAGGAAAGACUAGCCCGUUGCAUGUGCUCAAGUCUGACCCAUGCUUGUUUUGUACUGUGUACUGUAUACGUGUACAGCGUGACUUUUUGCAUAGCCAAUGGUACGGUCACUCAAACCAGACGUUCUCUUUCUAAUCUGAUGAAGGUUUCUUAUAUGAAGCUGUUUGCGUUGAUGCAAGCUCCUGGUUCAAAAUCCACUUUUGCUGAAUAUUGCAUUGUGUAAUUUGUGAUGGAAAUUCAAAGACAAGGAGAAGCUGAAAAAACAAGAAUGUUGCUCAUCCUUUUUGAAUCUGGAACCUUUGACCUGGAGGAUUGUUGUGAAACACAAACAGUUGAAUAAGACACAUGAGGGAGAUGAGAGAGAAAUGUUCAUUUAUGGUUUGGAAAUGUGAUGAUGCUUGUGUUUUUUUUUUACUGCUGUUUGUAUCCAUUAUGUCCUAUUUAUAAGCUCUUUUCACUUGAGUAAAGGUAAUAGUACAUGG